CUUGUAAAGCUGCUGAAGGUGAAGGUGAACAUUCCCCCCAUUCACACAUUCUACUGGGUGACACCGGUCUCACUGACAGCAAUGGCAGCUUCCUCCAUCUUUUCAUCUGUUCCUCAGGCCCCGCCUGUUGCCGUCUUCAAACUUACUGCAGACUUUCGUGCUGAUAAAGAUUCCAGGAAAGUCAACCUUGGCGUAGGAGCUUAUCGCACAGAUGACUCUGAACCAUGGGUUCUGCCAGUAGUUAAGAAGGUGGAGCAGAAGAUUGCAGCAGACCACUCUUUAAAUCAUGAAUAUCUUCCAAUUCUGGGACUGCCCGAAUUUCGUUCUAGUGCUUCCAGAAUAGCUCUUGGUGAUGAUAGCCCAGCUAUCAAGGAAGAUCGGGUAGGUGGUGUCCAGUCUUUGGGUGGCACAGGAGCACUGCGCAUUGGAGCGGAAUUUCUGAGGCGCUGGUACAAUGGCAACAACAAUACAGCAACUCCUAUCUAUAUUUCUGCCCCCUCUUGGGAAAACCAUAAUGCUGUGUUUAUGGACGCUGGAUUUAAGGAUAUCCGAAGCUAUCGCUAUUGGGAUGCUGUGAAACGAGGGCUUGACCUUAAAGGAUUUUUGGAGGAUUUGGAGAAUGCUCCAGAGCACUCAAUCUUUGUCCUUCAUGCAUGUGCACACAACCCUACUGGAACAGACCCCACUCCUGAUGAAUGGAAACAAAUUGCGGAAGUCAUGAAGAGACGGCAUCUUUUCACAUUCUUUGACUCAGCCUACCAGGGCUUUGCUUCAGGAAGUCUAGAUAAAGAUGCCUGGGCUGUUAGAUUUUUUGUUUCUCAGGGCUUUGAGCUGUUUUGUGCUCAAUCAUUUUCAAAGAACUUUGGCUUGUACAACGAAAGAGUGGGAAACUUGACCGUUGUUGGGAAAGACAAUGAGAACGUUGCACGUGUCCUUUCACAAAUGGAGAAGAUUGUGCGAACUACCUGGUCAAAUCCUCCAUCACAAGGAGCGCGUAUUGUUGCCACAACUCUCAACACACCUGAGCUGUUUGAUGAAUGGAGGGAUAAUGUAAAGACAAUGGCAGAAAGAGUCCUGUUGAUGAGAGCUGAACUUAAAGCUCGAUUGGAGGCCCUUAAAAUACCUGGAACUUGGAACCACAUAGUUGAGCAAAUUGGAAUGUUUAGCUACACUGGUCUUAACCCCAAACAAGUUGAGUACCUUAUUAAAGAGAAGCAUAUCUACUUGAUGGCCAGCGGACGCAUAAAUAUGUGUGGGAUCACUACUAAGAAUCUUGACUACGUAGCUCAGUCAAUUUAUGAAGCAGCCACAAAGAUACAUUAAAAAAAAAAAAAAAAACUUAUUGUAGUUGAAAUAGCGCUUCAUUUGUGUGUUGUAGUCGGUGUCAUAAGAAUUGUCGAUCUCAUAUAUAUAUAUUUUUUUUUUUAUGGCUUUUAAAACAAACAAUAAGGAAUAAAAUAAGCUGCAGGGAGACUUGUUACAUAGGAACUUUAACCUGUGUGGAAGAAAAACUUUGUCACGAUUAAAGCUUUAUUGGUAUUUUGCACUUAAUUUUCUUUCAUUUAAAACCAGGAAUUUUAAUGUAUUAGAUUUACGAUCAAAUAAUAGGAAAUAGUUAACAUUGAUGUUAAUUCUAUUUGAAACUAACUCCUUCCUCUCCUGAUUCCAGUAAAGGUUUAUGAAAUUUCAAAUGUCACCAAAGUGAAAGUUAUUUUUCAUGGAUUUAUUUAUUUUAACACUGUACAAAGUAUCUUGACAGUGUUCUUAUACUGUAUGCAAAAUUCUAAUUUUGCCUUUAAUAUGAUGUAUAGCAAUCUGACAGUGCAAUACAGGGGUGCCAAAAUUGGCUCCUUGACUUUAAAUCACAAACCUAUGGGACACUAUAAAGCCAAAUCUUGUUGUCUUAAACUUGCUUUUGUGAUUUGUUGUAACCUAAUCAAUGUAUGCAUUAAACAGGACUUUUAAGUGCA